AUGCAUCAACAAACUCUCCUCGCCACUCUGGCGGCGAGUCUUGCCGCUCUGCCCUUUGCUCAGGCCGGCAUGUACUCCAAGAGCUCUCCCGUCCUACAAGUAGACGGCAAGUCAUACGACCGUCUCAUUGCGCAGUCCAACCACACCUCCAUCGUCGAAUUCUACGCCCCCUGGUGCGGCCACUGCAAAAACCUCCAGCCCGCCUACGAAAAAGCCGCCAAGAACCUCCAAGGCCUCGCCAAAGUCGCCGCCGUCGACUGCGACGAUGAAUCUAACAAGCCGUUCUGCGGCUCCAUGGGCAUCCAGGGCUUCCCCACGCUCAAGAUUGUCCGCCCAGGCAAGAAGGCCGGCCGUCCAGUCGUGGAGGACUAUCAGGGCCCGCGCACGGCGAGCGGCAUUGUCGAUGCGGUGGUGUCCAAGAUUAACAACCAUGUUGCCAAGUUGACGGAUAAGGACGUUGAUGGGUUUUUGGAAAAGGAUGGGGAGAAGCCAAAGGCUAUUUUGUUUACGGAGAAGGGGACUACGAGUGCGCUUUUGAGGAGUAUUGCUAUUGAUUAUUUGGAUGUCAUUUCGGUGGGACAGGUGAGGAAUAAGGAAAAGGCUACCGUUGAGAAAUUUGGCAUUUCUUCGUUCCCGUCUUUUGUCCUCAUCCCGGGAGGUGGCAAGGAGCCUAUUACCUAUGACGGAGAGCUCAACAAGAAGGACUUGCUCGACUUCCUCAAGCAAGUCGGCUCCCCCAACCCCGAUCCAGCUCCGGCCAAGGCCAAAUCUGGCAAGAAGGCAGCAACCUCCAACAAGGCCAAGGAGGCAAAGGAAGCCAAGGAAUCAUCAUCAUCCACCGCAUCCUCCGAAGCCUCUUCAGCCGCCGCACCCGAAGCCACCCUCAUCGAGAUCCCCGCUCUCAAAUCCAAGGCCGAACUCGAGGAGCACUGCCUCCAGUCCAAGGCUCAAACCUGUGUCCUUGCCUUUGUCCCCGCAUCCACCUCCGAGAUGCGCAACAAGAUCAUUUCCUCCGUUUCCCAGCUCCACACCAAAUACGUUCACGGAAAGCGCCACUUCCCUUUCUUCUCCCUGGACAGCGACGUCGAAGGUUCUGCCGCUCUAAAGGAAGCCCUCGGUCUGCAGGGUAAGAUUGAGCUCAUCGCCCUCAACGCCCGCCGUGGAUGGUGGAGGCGCUACGAGGACGGCGAGUUCAGCGUCCACAGCGUGGAGUCCUGGAUCGACACCGUCCGCAUGGGUGAGGGCGAGAAGAAGAAGCUCCCCAAGGGCGUUGUUGUUGACAAGCCAGAGACUACCGAGGAGGCCAAGGUCGAGACAGAGGCCCCAGCAGCUGAGGAGUCUGAGCAUGACGAGCUUUGA